CUAGUUUCUGCCCAGCAAGGCCAGCCAUCGUCAAUGCCGUACCCUCAGGCCUUUAGCAGCUUUUCCCUUCCCUCUCCCUCUCCCUCUCCCUCUUGCACAUAUGCCCUUUUUGUAAUUGUGGCAUCCUUUUCAGGGUCCAUGACUCGCCGCAGGGUUUCCCGUCUGCCCAGCACCGCAGCAUCCGCCCCACGCGCGCGUCUGGUUUCAGGUUCUCUGCCGCUGCGACCUUCUCUCCCAGAACCCAAGAGUCCCAAAGUUACCAACACAAGGCCGGCCGAACCUGGCCGAACGAACCUGGCUUUCUUGCCAGCUUAUUCAUACGCUACGGAUAUCCAUCCCGCACAGAGUACAGCAAAGAUCAUACCUUUGAUGGAGCCUGUUGUGAACUUCGUGCUGCCUUGGUCGAAAUCAUCCCUUCAGCAAGGAUUCCACGGGCCAUUACAAGACACACAGACAACGUCAAACAUCACACGCCAAAAUCCCGCCAUCGGAAACCUCAAAAGACUCAUAUUCCUCGUUCCCCUCUCCCGCACUUUUUUAUCCCCAUUCGAUCGAUUCCUACAAGUACAUACCCUUCCUUCGGGCCCCCGUACGCUUCUCCAAGCCCCUCCAUCCUCUUCAGCCGCGCCGGACAUGGGUCCGUCGUAGAUAGAGUCGAGGUAUACACCACCCGCACACACACGGCGCCUUGGCAUCCGUAUACCAUAUAACUCCAUGUUCGAA